AGCAGGAUCACUCGUAGCCAUACGUUAAAUCCCUCCUUCUCUCGGAGCGCAGAACACGGCCCAGGACAGUUGUUGCGCAUCUGGAGUGCAACGGCACAGCACGUCACGUGACCUCUCUGAUCGCUUCUGCCACCUGAAUCGGGGCGCUAGAAUGAAACUCUGAUUUUCGUGCUAGCGCGCGCGCUCUCUCCCUCUCUUUUCCUCCACCUCCCCAAACGUUUUCUCGCGAGCUCCCGGGACUUCAAUCGCGCUUCCGAGCUCGCGCCUUGCUCCUAACGUCCUGCCAGCGAAAUGAGCUCCAUCCUCUCCUGCCGAGACGCGCGCUUCGACUGCGCCUACUCCGCCUCCACGUCGGCUCGCGCCACUGUUGACGUUUCCACGGCAACGCUCGUCUCCCUCUGGGAUGCCGGUCGCUUGGACGACGCAGGCUGCCCGCGCGAGCUUCCACAGCUGGUUCCAGCUCAUGGCACUCUGCAUGACUCCGUCUGGCCUGACCAGCUGUCCCCUCACCUCCAGAGGAACAAGCAGCUUCAGGACACGUUGAUGCAGAAAGAAGAAGAACUCGCGAGACUCCAGGAGGAGAAUAACAAACUCAAAGAGUUUCUAAACUCAUCAUAUGUGAAGUCACUUGAAGACAAGUCGAAGAGGCUUUUCUCUGUUCAGAGGAACACAGAAGUGCGUCACAGGAAGAGAGCUCUGCAUGACGAGAGAGACUUCCUCAAUGUGAGCCGGCUGCUGCAGGGUGGUGAGGGGAAGCGGACAUGCCGUAACCUCUCUCUGGAGUUCUGCUCCGCUGACGAGGUGGCCUCCACGCCCCCGCUGGACUCCUGGGUUCUGGAAACACUGGGACUGCAGGAUGAGGACACCAUCAACACAGACAGCAGCUUCAGCAGCCCUACAACAGAAAACACAACUUUCUUCAGCUCUCCGGCACAGAGCACCGAGCACUUCAGCCCUGUGCUGCAGGACAGCACUAUGUACAGCCCUUUUUCGGACAGCCAGUGUGAAUACAGCAGUGCCAUCGAGUCAUCAUGUGGCUUCAGCCACAGCAUGGACGAAAGCGCAGACUAUCUGACUCUUGGUACAUCACGGAUGUACACCGUCACAUCUACAGGCUCACUUCAAGGUAUCGAAAUCCCUAACGGACACUUCACCCCUCCCAAAGCAGCGUCAACUCCUCAGCGUUCACAUGUCCCGAGCUCAGUGCGACACCAACCUGAGCUCAGCCACGGCUUCUCCGGACCACCCGGGGACGAGAGCAUGCUGUUCUCCAUGCGCAGCAGAAUGGACUUAGCGUUUAGCAUGUCGCUGAGUCCACAGAACAGUGUCAAGACCCACACGUUCCCACAAGGACAAGCUUUUACACGCAGAGACUCACAAGGUGGAUGGAAUUUCACCUGGGUGCCUAAACAGUGUUCUUAAAAUGAAUAUGUGACGGAGAAAUUAUUAAUCUAUUUAAAAUAAAUAAUACAGUUCUAGAGUUGACAGUCAAUAAAUAUGAGGCCAUGAAACUGAAAUAAAUGUGAAGGAAUUCUAUGUGAUAUGUUCGAAGAAAUAUUGGUUAUAUUAUUUGUUAAAUCUGGCUCUGGAGUAAUUUAACUGAUUAACACGAUUAAUUUUUCUAUUCUGUCCUAUUAGAUGCUUAGCCGAAAUAAAUCAUUAAUAAACGAUAAUUCAAGUGCAUUGUGUUUCUUUUUUCAACAUCCUGGAAGGCAUUUGAUUUAUAAAAAACUUAAAAAAGUGAUGUGUGUAAAUGAAUCUAAAUCGCUCCUCUUGCACAUCUGACAA